GUUGAAAGCUCAGCUUAGGUUGAGGCUCAGUUUUUUUUGACAUUUUUUCUACACAUUCAUUGACAUUCGCUGCACUUAUAUGUAUUCUUGAAAAAUUACACUCCCAAUGCCAUCGCAACUUCUCUAAAUUUGAGUCUCACAACAUCUUCAAAAAAGAUGCGAGCGGACAGGCUGUUCGAGAUUUUGCAGGAGCACGGAUACGAGCUCCAGCGUAUCACGGGGUCGCAUUUCAUGUUAUCGAAACCGGGAAGGGGCGUGUUACCGGUUGCCGUUCACGACCACCAGGUGCGAGAGGACGCUGCGGACGCCAUUUUGCGACUGAUUCGGAUGUCAGACGAGGAAUAUCGAGAACGGUGUCAAUUUUUCAAGCGGGCGGUCAAGGAGGGCAACAUUCCCGGCAAUGGAGGACGAGGGGACGGAAACACGGCGGAGAUACGUGGGGGGAAAGCAAAACGACGCGCUGCAAAGCUAAACGCUAAAAAGCGCGCAACCCGAACGAACAUAACAGCAAAAAGCAGACCGGGGCCUUCUGCUCCUUCAGGCGAAUGCGCUAUAGCAGCCGCGACAGCGUAUGAAGAAAAAAAGCAGCAGGAGGCGGCAUCCCGGGCGGCUCGCGUUGAGAGUCUACAGAACAGAAUAGACGACAUUCUUCAUUCCGGACCCGAACGCAUCGCCUGCGGCUGCCACAACGAAGUUUCUCAAGAGCUGUGUAAACUUUUCCUUGAUAUGGAACACUUCGACAACUACACAGUCACAGACGCACGCUCAUCGACGAAGAAGUUCUCAACGCCACGAAACAGAUUGCUGGCGGCCGAUCAAGAAGCUGCGGCGCGAGCAAACGCUGUCAGUGUCACAGUCGAAUCCGGUGCAGUUGCGACGUCGCUGCCCUCGUCAGGGUUUGCCUCGUCCGCAGAAGUAGUUCAUCAGCAAGAAAUCGAGGCGUCCCAGUCUCCUCUUGAUGUGGGUACGCCGACGAACAGCUCCAGCGGCACUACGACAGCGAGCUCCCCUGCAUUGGAAGAAGAUGACGAUGAGUCCUCUACGAGCAACGUAACGAAUCUCAUCAAGUUGGUGACACAUGUCUUCCCCCGGGUGGAUGCUGGUGCGCGGGUGACGUCUAGUACGAAUCACGCACCUCGUGGCGUUCUCGACCUCUGUUUUCUGGCGGUGGUCACGUGGCUGCAGGAGCUCAAAGAACAAGCACACAUACCGCAACAGAAAAUUGGUGAGGUUUUCUCCGCCAUCACAGCAGCGAACGCGCCGGGAGGCCUGAUCAUCACCAACUCGUCGAAGGAGUGGGCAUUCAAGCAAUUUGUCACGGAACUCCAGGACAAGGUUGACGAAGCGGCCAAGGUCGUUGUGCAUCUCCACGAAUUUGCCUCGCUCUUCCGCUUUUUUGAUCAGCUGCAGGCCCAUUUCUGGCGCGAAAGAGAGGAGGUUGGCAACAUGAGAAAUUACUUCCGAGAAGCAGUGUGUAAUAUUUUUGGCGGGAUUAUUGAAGGGCGGUGGGAGGCAAUUCGGCAAGUCAGGACAUGCGCAGGGUACGAUGACGAACUCACGGGUUCAGAAAAUGUCCAAGCAAUGCAAGACGCCCUUGAUGAUGUUUUUGCGCAGGUUUCCUCGGAUUCUCCGCCGACUGUCGAAGAAGGUUGCAACCGUCUCUCCUCAAUAAGAAGCGACUUCGACUUCCUGUUCCUCGCCAUCGGGAGGCGCCAAGAAACUGCGGUGUUGCGUGAUGAAAUGAAAUUCUGUGAAGUGUUGCUGGAGCAUGUUUAUCCUGAAGAAGGCAAAUCUCUGAAUGGCUUGAGGAUUCGCAGCGCUCUCUCGCGAACCAUUUUCAGUGUCCUCGGGUGCGAUUUCGAUCGCGCCAAAGCUGUCCGCAACUUGAAAAAGAUGCUGCCACCUAGCGUUUGGGAUUUUUCCGAAACCCGGUUAAAGCAAAUAAAUCGGCCAGGGGCAGUAGUGCGAACUGGCGAAACGGCGGUAACCAGACAUCGAAACUAUUUCCAGAAGCUACUAAAGGUUGUGGCCGAGUACUCCGAACUCGAAAGAAGUGCCCGCGAAAAGCAUCCUACAGCGGAUCCCCAAUUCUGGAAAGAAAUGUACAGCAUGACGCGCAGAUGGACCGAUCCGAUUCACCUGCCUUUUCUCGCACGCAAGCUUUUGGCUUUGUCGGUGGCCAUCUGGGAUCUCCUCGAAGUCUACCGGACGUAUGGAAUGCCCCCCGAAUGGGGCUUCCGAUCAGCGUCGUGGUCAGAGCACAUGCAAUACCAAGCCGCAAUAGAGUGUGGGCAAGAUGACCUUCUCGACGGCGGCGAGGGGCUGUAUAGCUUCCUCGCGCACGACUUCCAAAAUCUUAUGGUGAUUGUUCCAGAACUUUUUGAAAUCGCGACCGCGAGGCAAAGGCCCUUUCUAAAAGGUGAUGGCGCGGUUGGAACAAACAAACGAAAGCUCCAUCCUUCGAAGCGGACGACGGAAGCCCCGCACAAAGAAGCAUUGGAGUGCUGUGACGUAGUCCUUGCCGCUAUAUCUGCAGCGCACGCUGUGCGACUGCAUCCCCUAGUGCGCAGAAGCCCUGGCUUCCGGGAUAUGCUCACGACGGGCAUGACCGCCAGGGCGCGUGCAGAUUGGAUCCUUGAAUUUAUUAAAGCAAGCAUCGCGAAGAAUUCUUGUUUCGCGUUCGACAAACUAAACCGUGUUCCUUUCUCGUCUCUUCAGCGGAAUUGGAUUCUGCUCUGGAAAUUCGGUAUGGGAAGGGUCGCCGACUUCGACCUGCGCGAAGAUGCUCGACCGACGACCAAGACUGCCGUGACAAAGUACCUGAAGCGCUAUUCACACCCCUACGGACUUGCCGUGCUCCGAGCGUGCACGCGGGCAAUCGUUUCUUCAGCUGCACAAGUCUUUCGUGUUCAGGGCAUCGGGUCGUUCUUGACUCCCGGAUGCGGAUUUAUUGAAGAACAUGAACAACAAGCGUACGACAACGACUACGAAAGAAGCAGGGAGGACGGCAGCGCACCAUCCGAUCCAACUUCCAAUUCUGGUCUGGCCACUAACACCAUCCAAGAGCUUAAAGAAGGUGAACAAGAAGGGUCAGCAAGUGUAAAUAAACCCGAGGACAACCAAAGCACGCGGACAUAUUUGGAACUGGCUGGAGCCUGUAACAGGUUCCAGAAAUUACUCGAUGACCACCGAGAAGCUUCGUUUGUGCAACCCGACGAGGGGCAGCCGCUUUGUUUCUCCGCGUGGUCUGCCGACCCGAGCCUUAUGGCCGUUUGCGCGAAUGCUCGAGGUGAGCUCCACGUGCAGAAAAUGGGCAAGGACGGAGAGAAACUUUCUCGUCGAAAAUUGGACGACCAUCGUAAAUACCUCAAGACCAUUCGAGACACCUUCCACGGGAACACGAAGCUUGCUACGGCGCUUCGCGAUGGCCAGGAAAUCACCAACGACUUUUUGCUGAAAUGGAAGGACUCCUCGCUCGUGCGGCAGCAAGAGCCAGAUGAACAAUCUGCGCAGGAAAUAGCAGGCGCGGGCACUGACACCGUCCCUGUGCCACGCUCCAUCUUGGGAGACGAGGAUCAUUGUUCCACCAGUGCGCAACCUGCGACGCUAGACACAAUGGUAAGUAGUGCCCAGGGUCGUGGUGCCCCAGCUCCAGCAGACCACGAGAAGCAAGCACAGUACGUCAGCAACAUGGAGUGGCACUACGAGAGUAUUUGGUUGAAAAAUUGUACGGUUGCCGGGGCAUUGCACGAGGACAACCCCGCAGAAGCGGAGUGUCUCGAUAUUGCCUUACUCCUCACCGACUUGCACAAAUUAGUUCAAGCACUCGAGGUUGCGGAUUCUGUUUUCCAAUCACUUAGGAGGACCCUGGAGAACUCGAAAGCGUGGAAGUAUUUCGAAGAAUUCCAUGUCAGAAAAGCAAAAUGAAAGAAAUCCGUGCAGCAGCUGUGUGCUGGCCUGAGCCCGUUUUGGACAGGUUUUUUCAGUAAAGUGAUGCCGUAGCAGCUUCUCGUCCAGUGGUGCGCCCGAAAAAGAAAGUCUGCC